AUGGCGUCAUUCGGGAUGGGACCGCCCCGACGCCACCUGGAUGCCAACGCCGGCAGAGAGGUGGUGUAUUGUCAUUCCUGCGCGCACGAGUGGUAUAGUGACGAGCAGCCGCCGAGACUGGAGCCCGAGUGCCCGAGAUGUCAUAGUGAGAUUGUAGAGAUUGUCGAGCCAGGAGAGAGCGACCCUCGUAUCGAAGCUGGUGGCCUCGGCCUCAGUGGUGGUGGCUCCGGCUCUUAUUUUCGCCGCAAUGCUGCUGGCGAGGACUCGGACCCCGAAGAAGACGAUAUAGAGAAUCAUCUCCCCGGCGGCCCUGCUAGAAGCCCGUUCGGACGAGGUUUGUUCCCGCCGUCACCUGGUGCGCCAGAUGGGGAUAACAAUCGACCUGGCGAUGAGGUGUUUAACCGUUUCUUCGAGCUUAUUAUGCACGAUCUGGGCGGCGGUAGACACGUUCGCGAGAGCCAGGGUGCUAACAACAAUCCUGGCGCCGGCGCCGCCCCAUCACCACCACAGCCGGGAAGACACGUUCACUCGGCGACAUUUACAUUUGUCUCGGGACCAGGAGUGAGGCCAGACCAGCCGCCUCCCAUUCUACCUCUCUUUGGACCGAUGUUGGCUCACGUUAUGGGCGUUCCUAAUGUGGGCGGCCCUCAGGAGCAAGGUCAGCCCGGAAAUAGAGCAGCUGGGCCCCCUCCGAUGGGUGGUGGUGUGUUUGGGCUGCAGCAGUUGCUUUCGACUAUUAUGAACCCAGCCGCAGCGGUUCAUGGCGAUGCUGUGUUCACCCAGGAAGCGCUCGAUAGAAUCAUCACACAGCUCAUGGAGAAUUCUCCUCAGACGAACGCUGCCCCGCCGGCUUCCGAGACUGCGAUUGCGAGCUUGGAGAGGAAGAAAGUCGAUGCCGAGCUGCUUGGGCCGGAGGGCAAAGCUGAGUGCACGAUUUGCAUCGAUGAAUUCAAGAUGGGUGACGAGGUGACGGUGUUGCCGUGUAGCCACUGGUACCACGGCGAGUGUGUCGUCCUCUGGCUCAAAGAGCACAAUACCUGCCCCAUCUGCCGAAAGCCGAUUGAGAACCGAGAAGAGAACAACGCUGGUGACAACAGCAGCAGCGGUCAGCGGUCACCUGGUGCCGAUCAGGCGGCUUCUUCGUCAUCACAUGCGCAACAGCCUCGGCAAUCUUCGAACGAGGGCGCGCGAGUGUUUGCGACCUUUUCUCCACGAGCCACUGCUCCCAGACCAGAGGAAGAAGGAGCGUCGGGUUCUUCGACUGGCUAUCAAAUUCCGACGUUGUUUAGCAGCUACACUUCGCGGGUUAGGACGCCGCAGGAGAACCAGGAACGACUUGAACGUAUGGCUGGAGGUGGUGGUGGUCAGCGCCGUAGCUCGGCUUCUCCGCCCGGGGCCUGGCCUGAGGAUGAUACUGCCGAGCCUAGGUCAUCUAGGCAGAGGAGUCCGUCGAGGCCGAGGGAUGAGAACUGGGGUGGGAAUAACAGCGGGAGCGGCACUCCGGGGGAGAGUAACAGACGGAGUUACUUUUCAAGCUUUACGUCUGCUGGACGGGAUCAACAGCAGCAGCAGCAGCAGAGGGAGGGGUCAUCGUCUUCGAACAACAAUAACAACGGUGGCAAUGGUGGGAGUAGUGGUGGUGGUGGUGGUGGUGGUGGUAUUGCUUCAUGGAUUAGAGAUCACUGGACUAGGGACCGAGGCAAUGGGAAUGGGAAUGGGAAUGGGAAUGGGAAUGGGGGACGACGGUGAGGGGGGAGAGGGAGGGGGUGUGUUGAGUAAUGUUUAUGGCGACUAUGACUUUUAAAUCGUGCGGUUGGGUCAAGGUGGAGAGAGACGAGCUCUCGCUCAAGGAUUUAUUCUGCAACAGGAGGAACAGCAACAACAACUUUUACUACAUGCUUCUUGUCUUUGGGUUUUGGGGUGGGGGGGUAUUUAUGGUUAAUGAUUGGUUAGGGUCGGUCUGUCGGUCGGCGCAGGGAGUUUGGGAUUUUUUUUGUCGGACUACUUACUACUAAGGGACUUGAAGGUUCAUUGAUGGGAAAGGGAGACAGAGGGUGUGAUGAGAUCAUGGCAUGCAAACUUUGUACUUGUACCUCUUUUGCUAAGGGUUGGGGAUUCACAUCCAUUGCGAACUUUCAACGGGGCAUUGUGGGACAGCACAUCAUGGCAUAUCAUCAUAUCACCUGUUAGACUUCUAGCUGCACAUGCAAUUGGAGAUUGGCAUGGAGAUAUGGGAAUGGGGCAAGCAGGCGAGGAGGGUUUUUUGGGGCGUUGGCAGUCAGGGAUAUAGGGUAUAUAUGUAGAAGUUUGUAGGUGGUGGUGAAUGAAGAGUGCAAACCGAUUGAUACUGCGUAGAUUGUGGUCGCCUGACAAGUACUAGUCGG